UACCUGGCCAAAGUUGUGUGUUUACCAGGGACAACCCUGUGCUUUGAGUUCUCCCUGAGCUGUCAAUCUCCUGUUAUUACUAAUCUGUCUACAGAUGAGUAAACUAAGGUUCAGAGAGAUUACAUGACUUAUCCAUGUUAUACAGUGAUCAAGAAGUGGAGCCAGGAUUUGAACCCAUGAAGUCCCACUCCAAAUUCUUUCAUAUAAGUUUACACGGAAAAAAAUUUAGAUAAGAUGUUCAGGUGCCCUCUUUCCUGCCUGCUUAAAAAAAAAAAACCUGAAAGAAUUUUUUAAUUGUUUUUGUUUUCAUAAUUGAUAAUCGUGUGGGGAGUACUGAUUCCCCAAGUGGGUCACAAGGAGUUAUCCUGAGCAGGAAUGCUCUUGCUGUCCCCCUUGCUCCUGUACUCAGUCUAUCUCUUGAGGACACAGCACCAAGUAAAUUUCACCGAUUGAGUGCUCCUACAUUCUAGAAAAUGGCGCUCUACACUCACAAGGGCACGUAUAUAAAUUGGCAUUUCAACUAUGUCUUCAACAGGCCAUACCAUCGCUCUUUUAUGUUGGCCAUUUCUGGGUGGUGCAGAAUGUGAUAGAUCCAGUGGACUCCGUGGUCAUGUGCCCACUGCUGUGCCUCCUUUGCAGUAAAAUGGGUCCUUGGUCCCACAAGGCCGUGUGGGGUCCUGCGCUGGUGGAUCUAAAAGUCUUUAUGUCCUCAGAAAGUGUUGUGUUUGAGGCCCUGUGGGCAGCAAAGGCAAACCCAACAUACUAUAUGGGUCUAUUUCUGACUAAAUACAUAAAUCAUUGCACUUUCCAAAAUGGAAGGGAUCCAAGCUAGUCAGCUUGCCACCAAGCGGCUUCGCUGGUGUCUUCAAAGAUAGCACUGUUCAGUUGGUCAUUCUUGCUGGAAGGUUAAACAUUUGGCAGCAGCAAUAGCUAGAUUGGCCUUGAAAUAGAAGCCCAUCUUUACUGCAACCACGUAGAGCCUCUAUCGCCGACAAUCAUGGCUACUCCACCCACGCACCCAUUAUGCCAACAUAGGGGUGGCCAACAACAGGCUGGCUCAUGUCCAUUGGCUAAUUCAUUUUGUCAACCUGAUCCCUUACUAUCUCUUCCAUGGUUUAUUCUAAUGAGGGUUAACAGAGGUCCAUCCACAUUCCUCUACGCCAGACCUCCUCGUCCUGAUCUUCUCAUCUUUCCCCUCUGAUCAGCCAACCACGUCAUUCACCACUGUCCAUAAGUCCAGACACAUUUAUACUGAAGCCACUCCUCUUGCCACAGAAAGUAGAUCAUUAGGAACACUACCGGAAGCUCUGCCUAGUGGGAGGACUUCUUUUCUUCUUACAAGGCCAGCUCAAAAAGUACAGCAGUGCAGCCACCAUUUCAGCAUGCCCCCACAUGCCUAGCCAACUCAUCCAUGAAUCAAGUGUGGGCUUCCUCUUCCACCAUCUGCUGCUCAUAUGGGAUCCCCUAUCAGCCAUGGGGAAGAGCUGAGGGAGGGGCACAGCAGUAGACAGCAUGAGGAUCCAGGCUUCUGUGCUCCUACAGUUCACAUAUUUCCUUCAGCCCUGCUCAAGUCGUCCUUCCAUCUCAUGAGGGAUUGCUCUUGGAGAUGCCUGACCUUCUGACCUAAUGAGAAUGAGAGAACCCAAAUCAUGAUGAGCAGUUCUGCCACCUGAUGUCCCACGGUCAGGGUUUUGUCUCUAUCCAAGCUAUGGAAGAAUGCCAGGAGUUAUUUUAUGAAAAGCAUAAAGUUCUGUACUGCAGAUGGCAGUCUUGUUCUAGAACCCAAGGGGCUUGGGUUUUUAUUCUCCCACUGGUUCACCAUCUUGAAAACUCUGACAUCAUAGGAUCUCCUAGAUCAUAUGAACCAAGCACAGAGCCACUUCUACCACACAGCCUGCACCUGCUGCAGAUCACUCUUCUGCUGUGGGCCAGAUCAAAACUGGCAGCCUUGAAGGGAAGCAGAAAUCCAAAAUGUCUUUAAGAUGAGUUUAAAGUUGUGUUGUUCAAUACAGUAGCCACUACCCCCAUGUGUCUACUGAGCACUUGAAAUGUGGCUUAUGACAAAUGUUGAAAUGGUAAUACAAUUGUGUUCGCAGCCGCCGCCGCGCUGCCUCUCGCUCCCCGAGCUCCAGCCGAAGGAGUAGGGGGGUAAGUAAGGAGGGCUCUGUACCAUGGCUCGUACAAAGCAGACUGCCCGCAAAUUGACCGGUGGUAAAGCACCCAGGAAGCAACUGGCUACAAAAGCCGAUCGCUACUGUGCGCCCUCUACCGGAGGGGUGAAGAAACCUCAUCGUUACAGCCCUGCUACUGUGGCGCUCCGUGAAAUUAGACGUUAUCAGAAGUCCACUGAACUUCUGAUUCCCAAACUUCCCUUCCAGCGUCUGGUGCGAGAAAUUGCUCAGGACUUUAAAACAGAUCUGCGCUUCCAGAGCGCAGCUAUGGGCACUUUGCAGGAGGCAAGUGAGGCCUAUCUGGUUGGCCUUUUUGAAGACACCAACCUGUGUGCUAUCCAUGCCAAACGUGUAACAAUUAUGCCAAAAGACGUCCAGCUAGCACGCCGCAUACGUGGAGAACGUGCUUAAAAAUCCACUAUGAUAGGAAACAUUUCAUUCUUAAAAAAAAAAAAAAAGAUUUCUUCCUGUUAUUGGUAGUUCUGAACGUUAGAUUUUUUUUUUCCAUGGGGUCAAAAGGUACCUAAGUAUAUGAUUGCGAGUGGAAAAAUAGGGGACAGAAAUCAGGUAUUGGCAGUUUUUCCAUUUUCAUUUGUGUGUGAAUUUUUAAUAUAAAUGCAGAGGCGUAAAGCAUUAAUGCAAGUUAAAAUGUUUCAGUGAACAAGUUUCAGCGGUUCAACUUUAUAAUUAUAAAUAAACCUGUUAAAUUUUUCUGGA